CGGCGGAAGCUGUUUAUGGGGGCGGAGCGUCGCCAUGGCAGCAGGAGAAGCCUUUGGAGCGCCUACUUAAUGCCGGUCCCGAGGCCGCGGUAGCUCAGAGAAGCGCCCGUCGGGCGGGGGGCGCGGCAAGAGGCGCUGGCAGGGCCCCCGAGCUGAGGGCAGAGAGCCGCAGGGGGUGGGAGCAACUUCUUCCAGAACCUUCCUCUGGCCUGGGCUGCGCUCUGAGCCAGGCACCACAUACUUAUUCGGAGGAGGCGCCCCCGGGGUCGCGAGAUGGAAGCGCGCUUCCGGGAGGCCGUUUAACCGGAGCUGCGGGACUCAGCGGGCCAGAGAGCGCGGCGGGCCACCCCCGGCUCAGCCCGUGGAUGCUGACCGCCCCCUCGGAGAGUCCCCGCAGACAUGGCGGAGAGCUGGCUGCGCCUCUCGGGAGCCGGGCCGGCGGAGGAGGCCGGGACGGAGGGCGGCCUGGAGGAGCCCGACGCCCUGGAUGACAGCCUGACCAGCCUGCAGUGGCUGCAGGAAUUCUCCAUUCUCAACGCCAAGGCCCCCGCCCUGCCCCCGGGGGGCACCGACCCCCACGGCUACCACCAGGUGCCAGAUUCGGCGGCGCCCGGGUCCCCCCUGGCGGCCGACCCCGCCUGCCUGGAGCAGCCACACACGCCGGGCAAGCCCACGUCGUCGUGCACGUCGCGGAGCGCGCCCCCGGGGCUGCAGGCCCCGCCCCCCGACGACGUGGACUACGCCACCAACCCGCACGUGAAGCCACCCUACUCGUAUGCCACGCUCAUCUGCAUGGCCAUGCAGGCCAGCAAGGCCACCAAGAUCACCCUGUCGGCCAUCUACAAGUGGAUCACGGACAACUUCUGCUACUUCCGCCACGCAGAUCCCACCUGGCAGAAUUCAAUCCGCCACAACCUGUCUCUGAACAAGUGCUUCAUCAAAGUGCCUCGGGAGAAGGACGAACCAGGCAAGGGGGGCUUCUGGCGCAUCGACCCCCAGUACGCGGAGCGGCUACUGAGCGGGGCUUUCAAGAAGCGGCGACUGCCCCCUGUCCACAUCCACCCAGCCUUUGCCCGCCAGGCCGCGCAGGAGCCCAGCGCUGUCCCCCGGGCCGGGCCGCUGACGGUGAACACCGAGGCCCAGCAGCUGCUGCGGGAGUUCGAGGAGGCCACCGGGGAGGCGGGCUGGGGUGCAGGCGAGGGCAGGCUGGGGCAUAAGCGCAAACAGCCGCUGCCCAAGCGGGUGGCCAAGGUCCCGCGGCCCCCCAGCACCCUGCUGCCCGCCCCGGAGGAGCAGGGUGAGCUGGAACCCCUCAAAGGCAACUUUGACUGGGAGGCCAUCUUCGACGCCGGCACUCUGGGUGGGGAGCUGGGUGCGCUGGAGGCCCUGGAGCUGAGCCCGCCUCUGAGCCCCGCCUCACACGUGGACGUGGACCUCACCGUCCACGGCCGCCACAUCGACUGCCCCGCCACCUGGGGGCCUUCGGUGGAGCAGGCUGCCAACAGCCUGGACUUCGAUGAGACCUUCCUGGCCACCUCCUUCCUGCAGCACCCCUGGGACGAGAGCGGCAGUGGCUGCCUGCCCCCGGAGCCCCUCUUUGAAGCCGGGGACGCCACCCUGGCCUCCGACCUGCAGGACUGGGCCAGCGUGGGGGCCUUCUUGUAAGAGGCCAGGCCCUGCCCCACCUCUGGACAGUGCCCAAGUCAGGGCCCAGAACUGCCCCCCAACACAGAUCCACAGACACCCCACUACCCAGGCAGGGGCUGGGCCAGGGCUCCAAGGCUGGCCCCACAGGCCACAUGACCACCAGCCCCAGCUGCCAUCAGAUUCAAGCCCAGGAGGCUGAGAAUGAGGGCCCAGGACCCCCCGAAUCGCUGCCUCCUCUCCCCAGCCCUGCCUUGUACACACAGUGUUUCAUUGCUCCACGUCUUCCCAGCCCCAGAAGCCGGCUAAAGGGUCCUGCACCAUGAGAGCAAGGCCUGGAGGGGCCCGGGUCAGGCUGGGGAGGAACAGAACUGGGCCCUCCCAGAGCACCUCCGCUUCCCCCCUCCUUCCCAAGGUCUCUAUCCAGAGAGAGUCCCCAGGUACAACAAAUGCUAAUUAGAUGACAACAAAUUAACCCCCUGGAGGCUUCUCCCGGCAGAGCCUCCCUGGGGCUGGGGCAGGCAGUGGAUGGGGCGGGGCAGGGCAGAAGAUGGACUGGGGGAGGGGGCAGAGAGAGGAGACCAAAAAGAGGUGGGGGCACAGGGUGGGGCAAGGAGAUCCUCUCUAGGGCCUCUGGGGUCUUUGCCUGGCCCCAUCCCUAGGGGGCGGGGAGGGGACGUAAAUCCCUAAUCUUUAAACCCGACUUGAGGCUGAGAGCAGCAGGAAGUUUGCGUUUGGCGGUUUGGGGGCCGGGGCAGCCAAGCUGUAAGGGGCAGGACAGACAGACUAAUGUAGUGAGUGUAGCUGUAGCUGAGGCUUAACUGGGAGGGACACCGAGCUUGCUGGAACUACUGGGACCAAGAACUGGAGUACCCCGCGCUCCUGCCUGCACUCCUCGGGGGCACGGGGCGUGCCUUGCUCCACCCGGACUCCCUGGGCUGCGUCCCACAUCCACCCUCCUGCCCCGUGGGGCAAUUUAACCUUUUCAUGAAAGUUAUUUACAAUGAAAAGUUUUUAAAAAUAAAAUUUUUAAAAAUCUAAA